AUGUCCUUUCUGUGUGGAUUUCCAACGCGUCGUCGUUUCUUGAGCCGCAAGCGCAAUGAAGUCGAUUGUCCCCAACGAACUCGAACGUUCUCUAUUUUCGGUAGCUCAAAUAAGAAUGCUCGUCAGGCACUGCGAAGCAUGGUCGGGGUCACGACCAUGAUCCCGCCCGAUAAAUCAUCACCAGUAUCACCAAGCGGCCCGACGGAAAGCAAGUAUAUUGGCAAUCGCUUUCACGAUAUUAUUGACGAGCUAUACGAUCAACUGAAAGGCUCGGAUAAACUGUUGUCAAAAGCCAAACUGUACAAGUUCCUCAAAGAAGUUCAAUGCGAAUCGGUUGUUCAAGAACUUGACAAGGACGAGUAUGCUGCUGGCGAAUUCCGACUUGCGUGGUUGCAAAUUUACGGCGCGAGUGCCAUUGCGCCACAUCCAGAGACAGACUUAUCCAAACCACUUACAAAUUAUUUCAUCAACAGUAGCCAUAAUACCUACUUGGACGGUAAUCAACUGUCAUCUACAAGCACCCCGGAAGCGUACAGAAAUGUCCUUUUGAGAGGCUGCCGUUGCAUUGAAAUUGACGUCUGGAACGGAGAGCCUGUCUCAAGCCGAGAGAGAUCAAAGUCUCCUCAUGGACGGCACAGCAGAGGCCCGUCGAGGACCUCGCAGACCAAUGUAGCCAUCAUUUCUACACUGGAGAAUGUCGACCAAAAAGUUAAAGCGGCAGCACAAUUCCUUGGAGACAAGACUUCCCUUCACUCGCGAACACCCAGCGCCCACAGCCGUACCAUGGUGGAGGAAGAUGUGUCGCCAAGAACAAGUGUCCUGCAGUUGCCAGAUUCAAAACAAUCGAACGACAAGCUGGACGUCUCUCAGGCAAAUGGCCCCAGGUCUCCCCGACAGCCUCAACAACUACCACCGCCCCGAGAACCCAGGCAGCACAGCCCACCAAGGGGUGAGCCAAUUGUAACGCAUGGGCAUACACUGACGGUCCCUUGCGGAUUUCGAGAAGUAUGCAAGGCGAUCAAGGAAUCAGCAUUCGAAAAUAACGACUUGCCCAUCAUUAUUAGUUUGGAAGUGCACGCUGAUCACGAACAACAGGAUGUUAUGGUGAGGAUAAUGAAGGAGGAAUGGCAAGAUCUGCUUGUGACCGGACCUCACGAAGAUUUUGAUCCCAAGUUUAGGCUACCAAAGCUGAAGGACCUGCAACGGAAGAUCUUGGUAAAGGUCAAGAAGGCUGCGGUCACCAUGGAACCAAUAAGUCCACAGAAUACAUUGGACAGUACUGCACAAGUCGGGUCUCAACCCGAUUCUCAAAUCACAUCGCAAACUACUAGGGAGAGUAUUACGCAACUCACAUCCCAAAGCACUUAUGAAAGCGCCCCGGACCUUCCCACCACAGCCAUCGGCGACUCAGAUACCUCAUCAGAAAAUGAUGGUUCUCAACCCGUCCAAGUGAAGCCUCCCACGAAGUCUUCCUCUGCUCCACUUCCGGCGCAAGACAGGGCCAGUACUGGCCGCAUUUGCCAAAGCCUUGGUGAUUUAGCAGUAUAUACACGAAGCGAACACUUCAAGGCUUUCGAGACAAAGGAAGCAAAGCGGCCGGCUCACAUCUUCUCUAUCAGUGAGAAGCGUAUCCUAGAGCUAUAUCAACGACAUCAGCGAGACGUGUUCCUACACAAUAAGAAUUACUUCAUGAGAGCAUAUCCCGAUAAGAUGCGAUGGGACAGCUCGAACCUUGAUCCCAGCCUCUUUUGGAGACGUGGAGUACAAAUGGCUGCAAUGAACUGGCAAAAUACAGAUACUGGUAUGAUGAUCAACGAAGGCAUGUUCGCCGGCGGCAGCGGAUGGGUUCUCAAGCCUCCUGGGUACCAAAGCAGCGAUAAGUCGUCAGAAUCCCACGGAGAGGCAACGCCUGGACUUACGCUGGAUCUCAUCAUAACGAUAUUCGCCGGACAAAACAUACCCACUGAAAGUGACGAUUCUAGGGAUCUUCCAAGAAGCGGAAGCACCAUUUUCCCCUAUGUAAAAGUCACACUUCAUGUAGAAAAGUCCGAACAAGCAACGGGAAAGGAUGUUUCCGAAAGCAACUACAGGAAGAGAACAGGCGCAGGCAAGACGAAUAGCCCAAAAUUUCCCGACUCUAAGAGGCAGCUCAAGUUCACUGGCAUAACUCAAGUUGUCCCUGAGCUAAGCUUCGUCAGAUUCCGAAUAGGCGACGAUUCCCGCCUGAACACAUCGAUACUAGCGUGGGCAUGUAUUCGUCUCGAUCGUCUUCGUCCAGGAUAUCGCUUUAUUCCGCUGUUGGACAUGGAAGGCAUUCCUAUCCCUCGCGGCGAGCUAUAUGUCAAAAUCGAAAAAUCCCUAUACACAAAGUAG